AAGGGUUCUGCAAGAUGUUCCAGAGGAUCAGGAACCCCGGGUGUCCUCUCAAUGGGGCUCUCUGAUCGGCGAGGAGUGGGGGAAACACAGCAGAAGGGGAAAGAAGGGAACAAAAGAGACCUCGACUGUCUGAAACCCAUCUGCACUCCUCUGCAAUCACCAGACCUGCACUGAGCAGCAAAACUCCAGCAAACCAUGUCAGGGUAGUUUUAUCGGAAGGGGAAGGGGAGGGGGUGGAAAAAAAAAAUCAGUGCUGGGAUCUUUUUGGCUGGAGGUCAACUGCACAAAGAAUAAUUAUGGUACAAAUACAUAAACUUAUCAGGAAACCUUGGAAGUGGUUUCUGCCACAGUUCAUGGUACACUGACAACUUGGCUUCAGACUGAAAACUACUGUACAAACCCUGAAGAUUUGGCAUGGGGAACAACAGCCAGAAUCAGACCUGUUUGACAGAUGAUUCCUUUAAAUACACGCUGUACGGAUCGAUCUACAGCAUAGUGUUUGUACUUGGGUUGAUAACUAACUGCACGUCAUUGUAUUUCUUUUGUUGCCGAAUGAAAAUGCGAAAUGAAACUACUAUUUUCAUGACAAAUCUGGCCUUCUCUGACCUUCUCUUUGUCUUUACAUUACCCUUCAAAAUAUUUUAUAACAUCAAUAAAAGCUGGCCCUUUGGGGAUUGGCUUUGCAAGGUCUCUGGAACAGCUUUUCUCAUAAAUAUCUAUGGGAGUAUGCUAUUCCUCACGUGCAUCAGUGUCGAUCGCUUUCUUGCUAUAGUUUACCCGUUCCGAUCUCGCACCAUCAGGACAAGGAGAAACACCAGUAUUAUUUGUGCUGGGGUUUGGCUUUUGGUGCUGAGUGGAGGAAUCUCAGCAUCUUUAUUUUCCACAACCAACAAGAGGGAAAAUAACUCCAGCAUUACGUGCUUUGAAGGUUUUUCCAAAGACAUUUGGAAGACCUAUUUGUCAAAGAUCACUAUCUUCAUUGAAAUAGUUGGAUUUCUCAUUCCUUUACUAUUGAACUUGACUUGUUCUUCUUUGGUAUUGAGGACGCUUCGAAAGCCAGCCACACUCUCUCAGAUUGGAACAAACAAGGAAAGGGUCCUCAAGAUGAUCAUUGUACACUUGACUAUUUUCAUUGUAUGCUUUGUGCCCUACAAUUCGAUCCUGUUCAUCUAUGCUCUUGUCCGAUCACAGGCGAUAACAAACUGUUCCUUGGCAAGGUUUGCUAAGACCAUGUACCCGAUUACUUUGUGCCUCGCCACCACAAACUGCUGUUUAGACCCAUUUGUCUAUUACUUUACAUCAGAGUAUUUUCAGAAGUACUUCAACAUAAAACCACGAAACAAGAUGGAUUCUAUUUUUAAAAGCGAAACACCUCUAACGGUCAAGGGGGAGACGAUUAUAGAAGGAGGGCCAUAUUCCACAAACAGAAAUGGGGCAAAUAUUCAGUUAGAAUCUCAGUUCUAAAGUAUCUGUCUCUUUGAGGUCAGGACAGCUCUUAAGAAUUACUGUAUAGUGAGGGUCUGAAUUUGAUGUAUUAUGUGGAUAUGUCAGAGACAGGUGGGAAACAAAGACUUUGUUCAGGAUAUUAAAAUGAUGUGUGUUCGAAUGCAUCUUCCAGAAGACUAUGCUCUAAGAACUUCAAACAGAACUGCAGGGGGUGGCACUUGUAACCAUACAGUGAAUAAGAGUACGAGAUUGUUUGUAGAGCCUAGAAAACCAUGGAAUGAUUAUAACAGUUUCACAUCAUUUCGAUUCUAGCAGAAAACUAAAUCAGUAAUUUGAUGCUAAACUCUCACCGUCCUAGAAUUUCAUGUAUGUUUUUCAUUAAUUCUCAAUAAAAACUGCAACAUGUAAUCCUCCUGCAGAGAACCGCAAGAUUAUUUUGUGGGGUGCCAGCAAACAAAAAGUAACUAGUAGAUUGAUUACUUCUGGAUUUUUGACCUUUACGCUUUUCCAGUUAAUUUAGAAUCCAGGUAGCAGUCUGUGUCCUCCAGUGAAUCUCACUUUCACCUAUGAAUCAAUAGGUUGCGAGUUCCAGACUCAUUUAAAAUUUGAACUCAUUGUCUAGGCUGACACUCCAUUAUCAGAGGAUGAGGCAGUAAACCAAGGUGCCAUCUGCCUGUCCAGGUGGAUGUUAAAGAUCCUGUGGCACUAUUCA